UCGACAGGUCGGCGGUCACACUGUUCUCCAGCUUUCAGUAAAUAAGUGAAAAUCGCGUUUUUGGUUUUUGUUUUAGUCAUAGUCAUUAAAAUUAGUGUACAAAUCAAGUUUAAAUCAUUCCGGAGAUGCCUGCAGUGCGCAAAUAUCGACGCGAGACAAGCGAAAUAAGCUGCUGCCUCAAAUACCUGCUCUUCACGAGUAAUGUUUUCAUAUGGAUGGCUGCUCUUAUGGUGUUGGCCGUUGGCAUCUGGGCUUGGAGCGAGAAAGACAUGUUUCGCAACAUUGCAAAGCUGAGUUUCAUAGCCUUGGAUCCGGCCUUUGUGUUGAUUAUAUUGGGAGGCAUUACCUUCCUUCUCGGCUUCAUGGGCAGCGUGGGCGCUUUGCGGGAAAAUACUUGUCUCUUGGCGGCGUAUGCCAUUUUUCUGAGUAUCUUGCUCAUAGCUGAGAUUGGGUUCUGUGCGUUGGCAUUUGUGCUCAAGGACAAGGGCUGGAUCAAAGACCAAGCCACUGAGGGGCUCAAGGCCUUCAUACGGCAUUAUCGUGAAGACGCCGAUCAGCAGAAUCUCAUCGAUUGGAUACAAGAGGACUGGUUGCAGUGCUGUGGCAUUGAUGGGCCCAAGGAUUGGGACAGCAACAACUAUUUCAAUUGCUCGUCCAUUGCCAUUGGCAGCCGAGAGGCCUGCGGGGUGCCCUUCUCCUGUUGCCGUCGUCGGCCCCAAGAGCUUAUUAAAAACAAGCAAUGUGGCUAUGAUGUGCGAAAGGAGGGAUAUCCUGUGGAUAGGAAUAUACAUGAGCGUGGCUGUUUGCGCGCUGGCGAGGAUUGGUUGGAGGCACAUCUUAUAAGUGUGGCAGCGGCCUGCGUUGGUCUGCUGAUGCUGCAGGGCAUGGAGCUGUCCAAAAUAAUAUAUGAAAAGGGCUGCGUUCAAGCUGGUGAAGAAUGGAUGGAGCAUAAUUUGAUUAUCAUUUCCACGGCUGUCAUUGCGGUCAUGUUUUUCCAGAUCUUGGGUAUUUGUUUUGCUCAGAACUUGCGUGCCGACAUUUAUACCCAAAAAUCGAAAUGGCACUGACAAAUGGCCCUCGCUGCCCCCACAGCACUUUAGAGCAUAGCUCGCAAACAACGGUCAUCACUUUUUCCCUUUGCUGUGUGGUCACUGACGAAACAGAAAAAAACUCGGCCAAACGGUUUCUCACUGAGCAGAACACAGCUGAGCAGAAACUGAUUUGAUCGGACCUUUUCUUUCUUCUUCGAAAGUGUCAACCGUUAUUUGAGAGGUCUGCUUUAGAGAAAAAAAGAAAGGAGGAGGAAUACGACGAGUACAUCUAAUACAAGGCAGAAAAACACUACAAAUACUCAUCUACGCUUCGGUUAGUUAACUAUACUAUAAAUACCUUAUACUAUCUACCCAUAUGUGUCUGUACUCGUAUACACGAGUAUACCUAUAGCUAGCUAUGUAUGUGUCUAACUAAAACGCAAACGCAUUCCGUCUUCGUGUGUGGGACAUGGUCUAACGAAUAGUGUUGUGUUGCUCAUGAGUGAGUGAACAAAGAAGAGUUGUUCGCUUAAGUGAGCAACUGAACAUGUUCCUUCAAAACUCUUGCUCACUUGUUCAUUUUUGCUCACUUGUUCUCUGCUCCUCAAAGGGCAUUUUGCGUUAUGACAGUUGUUGCUCAUAUUUGCUUUUAUUUCACAUUUUUUGUAUUACCGGCAAACUGUUCAAUCUUUUGAAAAUUCAGUAUAUCCCUAAUUCGAAUAUUCGAUACUUUGAAAGUAUUGUGCAAUUUGGAAUCACGUAUUUUAUUUGUGCCAAAAUCUCUGGUGCUAAGGGUGCAUGAAAAGUGAACAAGAGAGCAAGUGUGAGCAAUAUGAGUUAGUUGACUCACUUACUAAAAAAGAUCAAGUGAACAUUUUCAACAAAAUGAGCAAUGUUUACCCAACACUACUAACAAACAACAUUAACUAGGUUGCCAAAUUUUUGCUGUUUUUAAGUCGGCUUUCUCUUUGCCCAAAAUCAAACUAAAUGGAGAAACAAAAAAAAAAAAACAAAAGUAAAAUCAAUGCAAAACAUUUUAAAGACAUUUUCUAUACAUUUUUACAAAUUAAAGUAAACGAAGAGGAGGAUAUUUUUACUCGAAAUGCAGCUGUGAUAUAUUUUUAAUGAAUGUAUAGAGAGAGAAAAACACAACAGAAAUUAUAUGCAACAAUUUUCCAACCAACAAAAAGUUAAAACAAAACGAAACACAUUCCUAAACUGAAGAAACGCUACAACCUAGCACAAACAACAAAAAUAUCUAUCAUGAAUGCAACACUAUAAUAAUUAUUUUUGUAAAAGAAUACGCACAGAUAGAAAUAUUACAAAAGAAAGAAUAACACACAUACCAUGUAGCUUGCUUUUCUCAUUUCAAAAAGAGCUUAAACUAAAAGAAACAGAAAAAAACUAUAACAAAAAGUAAGCUAUAUGUAUAUUUUUGCAAGAAGCGCAAACUGAAACUUGAUGUUAAACUACUCUCGUAAAUUAUCUUGAGAUCAGUUUGUGGUUUACUUAUGAUGAAGCGCACUCCUAACUUUUGUACUCUAAGACUCUUAAAAAAGAGCACAAAAAGUAUUCGUUCUUGUACCUUGAAUGAAAAAUUACUACACGAGUUGUGUUCUUCAAUGAUCCUGAUUCCGAACUAUAUUUCCAUUAGAUAGGAGCUCAUUUAGCCAAGGCUUUAUCCUACAUAUGUAUGUCCUGAACACUGCCCUGAACAACAAGUGAAACAACUGUAUUAUUUACCCUCUGAAGGUCCAUUCCUGAUUUGUCCGACGUAUUACACAGAUCAGUAUUAAAGCUAUAGGGUAUUUGAUCAAAUAUUU